GGGCGGGGCCGAGGCAGCACCGCUGCCCUGAGCUGUCUCGGCUCCGCCAGUGGCCACGUCCCCGCGCGGGGCUGGAGGUGCUUUUCUUGCCGUCAGAGGACCACCGCGGGCCUGCCGCGCGCGGAUGUGUUUCUUACCUCAGAGGAGCAUCUGCCUUUGUCCCACAUGGGCUUUAACACGGGCCAUGGCCUGGGAUUACCCCGCCAAGCUGCUCUCCCCUCUCGCAAAGCCAGGCUUCACCUGGCAAGCACACGAUGCCAAACCCACAGCUUCCCAAGGAGGAAGACGGCCCAGCCUGCGAGCACCCACUGAGCAGCUGUCUCCGGCCCCUGGACCAAGCAGAAGGGAACUGUUGAUAGCCUGAGGGGCCAGCUGGCUGGGAGCCUCAGGGACUGGCAGCCCUGCUGCAAGCUCCCCCGCAAGAUGUGGACAGCCCUUGUGCUGGUUUGGAUUUCCUCCCUGCCCUUGUCUGGAAGCCUGGGCGCAUCUGAUGAGUCACGAUACUUGGUCCCUCACAAAACGUGGCAUGAAGUAGUCAAGAAGAGUGUCUCUGCAGGCCCCGUUACCGGGCUUAAUACUACGGCCUCUGAGAAACCAGCCGUUCUGCCACCUUCUGCUGUCACGGCCGAAGAGACUUGGGCCACCAGCCAAAACCCGACAGGAGUCUCCGCAGCAAUGACAAGAAAUAGGACGAACACGAGCACUCUGACACCUGCGGAAGGGACCACAGAUAAUGUGACCUCCACGGCUCCCAGCACCCCCAAGUCUGCCACUGCCCCUGGGCCUCCGUCUCUCAGCACACCCUAUGCACAAGUGCCAAGCACAGGGGCCGGCACGCCAGCAGCAACAGCGGCCCCGCGUGCUCAGACGACUGCUGCCUCCCCCACCAACACAAGUGGCCCCGCAAGUGCCCCGCCUCCGGCCAAGUCCACACGCAUCAACUCUCCCGCGAGCCCUGUGUCCCCCAGCAGCUCCCAAACACGAGACACCACCAUCCGGGAGACAACAGACCAGCCAGGGCUUAACACAGCAGGGAGGUCCACCCUCCACCCCUCAAACGCCACCCCAGAGACCACCACCGCCCCCUCCAUGGCUUCGAUAUCGUCUACAGAGGUGACCACCAUCACUCCCUCCGUGUCCACAGAGGCGAGCCCCACCGCUCCCUCCGUGACUUCAGUGUCGUCCACACAGAUGACCACCACCGCUCCCUCCGUGACUUCAGUGUCGUCCACACAGAUGACCACCACCGCUCCCUCCGUGACUUCAGUGUCGUCCACACAGAUGACCACCACCGCUCCCUCCGUGACUUCAGUGCCCACAGUGGUGGUCACUACCCAGGCACAAGCUGCAAAGCCAACUGCCAGCACAGUGCCAGCACCUCCCAUCAGCCCAAGCCCCAAAGUAGAGACCACAUCUCCCACAGCACAGCCAAGCCCUGCACCACCCACCUGGGGAAUUGGUGGGCCAGGGACGCCCCAGACACCAGAGCAGGUGGAGACCAAGACCAUACCUGGUACUGGUAUAGCUAGGCCGACACCUAGAAGCUCAGGGGACCCUAAGGUGCCAACCACAGACUCAUGCCAGCUCAGCACCCAAGGCCAGUACCUGGUCAUCACCAGUGAGCCCCUAACCCCAUCCUUGGUGAACAGAACUUUCCUGCUAGCUCUGCUCGUCCUUGGGGUGACCCUUUUCAUCACAGUGCUGGUGGUGUUGGGCCUGCAGGCCUACGAAAGCUACAAGAAGAAGGACUACACGCAGGUGGACUAUCUGAUCAAUGGCAUGUAUGCAGACUCGGAGAUGUGAGGGAGGGCCCCCUCGGAAGACCGUCCACGUUGCCUCGGAGACCAAACCAAGUGCUUCCAGAUCUUUUUGGUGCAAUUUCAGAGAAAUGCAGAUGCUUAGGCACAUUUAAGCGCUACCAGAUUAACUCCAUGAUCAUGAAAGAGUUGCUGCUUUUCAUAUUUAUUUUUGUAAACGAUCAGUCCUGUUCGCAGGGAUGCCGUGGGGCCAGGUGGCAGGCCCCGGGCCGCUUGGCACUCAGCGUGCUGAAUCUUGACCAGAAUUAAAGCAACGAUUGCUCUCUGUCUGGCA